CAUGAUAUGGAAACAGAAAGCAGUGCAUUAGCAAACAUUUUCAUGUUUGUGCAGCUCUAUAAAUCUACAAUUCAGUCAAUUGGUUCAUGUGUCUUGUUGUCUAUGCUCCUUUUCUUGACACGAUAGCUUUAUAUCACCCUGUUCUAGUUCUUAAAAGUAAUUGGAGACUUUCCUUGCAUCACACUCACCCAUAGUAGAGCUGCAAACUUUUGCAAAUAACAUGCAUUGCUCUGGCUUGCCACCUCAUGCUUUUUGCCACUCAAAAUGGUGGAUGUAUGUAACCACGCCCUUAAUUAAUGAGUUUUGGCCGAAAGUGGAAGGAUCUGCAUAUUUUUAUUUACCGUAUAGCUGGUUAUUUUCGAGGCACUAAUUUUUCGCAGAUUUCCCAAACAAAACAUUUUCUUAUUUUUGAUGAUGGCAGUUCAAAUGACCACGCUCCUAUAGUAAUACCAAUUUUCGAGGCACUAAAUGUUCGUGUUCUGGGUCAAUCCUCGAAAACCUCGAAAAUAACCAGCUAAUACAGCACAGUGGAACCUCGAUUAUCCAGUUAUAUAGAGGCAGGCCGGAUACACGAAUAGAUAAACUAUGCCAUGAUCCACCCACUUCAUUGAUAAACAGCAUGGUAGUCUACGCAUGCAAGAAGAUAAGCAGGCUUGUUUCCAUAGUAACAGCGCAUGCGCAUAUAAGGGACAUGCCCAUUUUCUGAAAUUGCCAUGUCAGAUAAUCGAGGUUCUACUGUAAUAAGAAGGUAAUUAUGGUAAAAAGUUAUUAAUCUGUUUUGCCACUCUGCAAUGAAGCUCAACGUACGAGAGUUGACUAGACCCUCAGCGUCUGUUGUUGGACCCUCGGCUGGGAAGUGGGCUCUCGUGGAUGUGGCCCACAACGACACUAGAGACUCCGCCCAGCGACUGAGUGAGAAGAAGAUCAGACAAGCCUCAUCAGUCAGUGAGACCAGCGACCACUCCUCUCAAGACCGGGUGAGGGCUCUGGAACAACAGUUACGAGCAGCAGAGCAGAAACUGCACGACACUCGACGUCACCACCAACUACAGUUGCAAGAGAAAGAUCGUGAAUUGGCUAUUAAAGAUCGAGAAUUGACCGAGGCCAACCGUCGCCAUGGAAAUGUGGAGGAAAGAGCACAACUAACAGAACAAAGAGAGCAAGCUACACAAUUAGUGAAAGAUCGUGAAUUGGCUGAGGCUAACAGAAGAGAAGCUGACCUGUCUGCUCAAAACACAGCUCUCAGGAGGGAGUUAGAAGGCAAGACGAAAGAGUUAGCAGCACACAACACAGAGGUGUGGAGGAUUCCGGCCAACAAAGUAAUCACGAUGGGAACGAUUGGCACUGGGGGAUGGGGGGAGGUGCUGGAGGGAACAGUGAGCGUGGCCGUCAAGCGACUCUUUGCUGCCAUUGUCAACCCACGCAAUCUGGAGAGACUCCAGAGAGAAAUGAUGCUCUUGGCUGAAGUACGACACCCCAACCUGGUGCAGUUCAUUGGGGCAGUGUUUGACCAGUCCCCUCCUCUCAUCAUCACCGAGCUUUUGGACAUGAAUCUCCGACAAGCAUACGAGCGAAAGCAAUUGGACCCAGGAAACCGUCUCUCGAUCUUCAUGGACAUUGCCCUAGCUCUGAACUACCUGCACCAGCGCUACGAUCCCAUCAUCCACCGUGAUGUGAGUGCUCCCAACGUCCUCCUCCAGCGAAUGCCCAACCACCAGUGGAAGGGGAAGGUCUCUGACCUCGGCUCAGCCAACUUCCUGCAGCAUGCUCAUACGAUGGGAGAGGGGGCCAUAAUCUACUCCCCUCCUGAAGUCAUGCCUCAACCGCUUGCACGACCUCCUCCACAAACUGUCAAGAUUGACGUGUACAGCUACGGCAUUGUGUUAGCUGAAGUGACUGCCAGUCGAUUUCCGAGUCAAGACAAUUUCCCUGAGAUGUUUGAGAGAAUCAAGAGAGAGCGUCCUGCUGUGUACGAGCUGAUACUCGGCUGUAUUGAGAGAGAGCCCAGCCAUCGACCCAGCAUGGCACAGGUGAUGGUGAAACUGAACAAAAUAGCACCCUUUUAAUGUGAACACUUAUCUAGUACUUUUUUUUUUAUAUAUGAUUUGCUGCAACAUUGUGGAUAUGUGCAUUUAGAUUAUAUAGAUCUACUUAGUGAGUUUUAAAAUUAAGUUUGGCUUUGACUUUUGUGUAGGUGUGUGGUUUGCACUCUCCUAUUAUGAUGAUGAUGAAUUAUA